CCACGAACGGGCGAAAGCCGUUUCGAUCUAUUAGCCUUAAUUGCCUCCGUUACGCUUAAAGCAAUCCGGAAACUAGAGGCCCGAGAUGACCAGCAUUUGUAGCCACCAUGACGAAGCAAUGUGACUCUGAAAGGGGGGUGGUUAUUAGGGGUGUUGACAGCAGGCGGGUUGUGUGAACGGUGAGUUGUGUCGGCCGUCAAGACAAGCAUCGCAGGGCAAUGAAAAGAAAUGUCCCCCUCCUUUUUUUCUUUUCCCCCUCGGACCUUCGAAGGAGCGCUUCCUAUCAAUUGACAUCGACUCGGUUCCUGCCCGUAUGACAGUCACCAUGGAUCGACUUGUCCUGCUCCUGGGCGUCUUCCUCGCCGCCGCUCCUUUACCGGCGAAAGCGUCGUGUGAGGACAACGCCACAUUCAGCAAUCCCCUCAUCUACUCGGAUUUCCCCGACAACGACGUGUUUGUAGGGCCGGACGGGUUUUACUACUUUUCCGCAUCCAACUUCCACUAUAGCCCUGGUGCGCCGAUCCUCCGCUCCGAUGACCUCGUGAACUGGGACGUCGUCGGCCAUUCUCUCCCUCGCCUGACCUUCGGCGACGGGUACGACCUCCCCGCUAACGGCAACUAUGCCUAUCGCGGAGGCACGUGGGCUUCGACCCUGCGGUACCGCGAGAGCACCGGACUCUGGUACUGGAUCGGCUGCAUCAACUUCUACCACACCUGGGUCUUCACCGCCCCGUCUCCCGAGGGCCCUUGGUCGAACAAUGGUAACCUUGGCGAUGGCAACUGCUACUACGACAACGGCCUGUUGAUUGACGACGACGAUACCAUGUAUGUCGUCCACGGAUCCGAAGACGUCCAUGUGGCCCAGCUUUCACCAAACGGCUUCAGCGAAGUGAGGAAGCAAAGAGUCUUCGGCAUCUCCGACGUUGGCGUCGACAGUCUGGAAGGGAACCGCAUGUACAAGAUCAACGGUCUCUACUACAUCCUCAACGACAGGCCCGGCGGCACCACGUACAUCUGGAAGUCUGAAAGCCCAUGGGGCCCUUACGAAUCCAAGAUCCUCGUCCAGGACAUUACUCCGCCUCUGCAGGGCGGUAACUCGCCGCACCAGGGAAGCCUCAUCGAGACGACCAACGGAGACUGGUACUUCAUGUCCUUCACCUGGGCGUACCCCGCCGGCCGGCUUCCGGUCCUGGCUCCAAUUACAUGGGGCGACGACGGUUUCCCCGUUUUCGUAACCGGCGACAACGGCGGCUGGGGCACCGAGUACCCCGUGCCCCAUCCCGAGUACGCGGAGCCGCCCAAGGACUGGACGCGGGCCGACUUCUUCGAGGGCACCUCCCUCGACCCGUCGUGGGAGUGGAAUCACAACCCGGACGACAGCGCUUAUGUGGUCAAUGACGGCCUGACGCUCCGCACCGCUAGCGUGACCAACGACCUGUACGCGGCACGGAAUACCCUCACGCACCGCACCCAUGGCGAGUUCCCUGUGGGCACCGUGGAGAUCGACUUCGCCAACAUGGCGGACGGCGACCUGGCGGGUUUGGCCGCCUUCCGUGACCAGAGCGCCUACAUCGCUGUUCGUCGGAGCGGCGACGACUACACGCUCACCACAAGGCACAACUUGGUCAUUGACGAAUGGAGCGGGGACCACGUCGAUUCCGGUUACGAAGUGGCCACUGCGCCGGUACCUGCCGGCACGAGGAAGGUCUGGCUGCGAGCCGAAUUGGACACUCGGCCUUCUGGAUCCCGGGAUGCCAACUUCCUCUAUAGCUGGGAUGGAGAGAACUUCCAGCAGCUGGGCUCUACCUACGAGCUGUAUGAUGGCUGGGCCUUCUUCAUCGCCUACCGCUUUGGCAUCUUCAACUACGCUACCAGAGCUUUGGGUGGUUCGAUCCACGUAGAGUCUUUCACGGCUGCAUGAUCUCAUCAUCCCGGGUUUUAUGUUACCCUACCUCAACCGAACGUGUCCCUGCAUUGCAACCUUGGAACUCUGCAAAGCAGGGCGAAAUUGUAAAUCUCGUGGCUAUGGCUUUCGGGUUCUGUUACGUGGAAUAUAAACUGGGCCAUGGCCGCCGCUUCAGACAACGAGCAUCUCCUUGCUAGACCUCCAAAGGGGGUCAGGUAAUGAGCAAUCCGUCCGGUCUUUCAAUGUGCAUUGUGAGAUUAGGGUAUAACUAGCUCACCUCUGAACCUGAAUAUUCGAUUUAUCCCCUGGC